AUGCCAGAAGGAGACCAAAUCCUGGAGUCAGCCCCAGGUGCAGAUAUCGGUCAUGCUCAAGAACCUGAUAUGGCUCAAAAUUGGGAUUUGAGCGAGCAAAAACCAGGCGGAACGGUCGAUGAUGCUGUUUCGCAUGAGGAAGAACUUAUCUCCUCUAAUAAACAAGAGGAGCAAGACUCGAACGGCGUAGACUAUAGUGAUGAUGAAUCUCAUGGAGGUCGUGAAGAGAAUGAAAAUGUUACGGAGCAAGUUGACCAAGAGCAAGAGGAGGUCAAUUUGUCCGACAACGAAGUUGUUAAUGGACAAAAUAUACAGGUACAGGAAGAAGUGGAUGAACAAGCUGAAUUAGUCAGAGAAGUUGGAAGCGUGCCUGAAGAUCCAUCGCAAUCGAACAGCUCUUCGCUUGACAACGGAGAAGAAAGUUUGGAAGCUACAGGGGAUACAGAAGAUCAAGGUGAUGAUCAAGCCGCUGCGAACCACGAAGGCAACAAGGUUGAGGAGGCCGUCGAAAACAACUCAGAGGAAGCUGCUGCUGAUCUGCAGCCUACAGAAAGAGAAGCGGAGGUGCACCAGGCUAGUGUGGAACAAAGCGAAGAAUCUUCUGAACCUGCCUCCUCAAAGGAUCCUCUUCCUGGGUUUGACGUUUCCUCGCAUACGUCGCAAGAUGAAAAUAUAAAUUAUGAACUACUCCAAAAACAGGUGAAUUAUGUUAUGAGAAGUAACCUCCUGAGUUUGCCGGAGUUUCGCGAGCUGAGUGACAGCGAUAAGAUCAAUGCUAUCCUAAAUUUGAUUGACUCAGUCCCAGAAAUUGCCAUGUCGAAUGCUACUCCGGAAGCCUCUGGCGCCCCAAGUUUGGAUCAAGCAAGUGAAAACGCGAGACCUGAUCUCAAUCAAAACAUGAAUGGAGUCGAACGUAAACGUUACAGCGAGUAUCUGAGAGGAGAAAACCGUAUCACCGAAAUUCAAAACAUUCCGCCAAAAUCGCGACUUUUCAUUGGUAACCUGCCUUUGAAGAACGUCGCAAAGGAAGAUUUGUUCAGAAUUUUCUCCCCCUACGGUCACAUCUAUCAAAUCAAUAUCAAGAAUGCUUUCGGUUUUAUACAAUACGAUAAUCCGCAAUCGGUAAGAAAUGCCAUAGCAGGCGAAUCGAGACAUUUAAAUUUCGGCAAGAAGCUUAUUUUGGAAAUCUCCUCUUCGAAUAGCCGUCCUCAGUAUGACCAUGGUGACCAUGGAACAAACAGCAGCUCGACUUUCAUAUCAUCAUCCAAGAGACCCUUCGAUGAAGAAGAAGAGGAAGAUAUCUAUAGUGACAGCAGCUAUAAAAGAGGAAAAAGACGGGUUCCCGAGUGCCAGAUUUACGUCAAGCGUACUGCAGACCGCUCCUAUGCUACAGAAGUUUUCAACAAAUUUAGGGCUAGCACCGGUUUGGAAACUGAUAUGACAUUUCUCAAGCCACGGAUGGAACUUAGAAAAAUGAUUAAUGAAGCCGCUUAUGAAGGUGUUUGGGGUGUUGUUCUUGUCAAUAAAACCAGGAAUUUAGACAUUCAAACUUUCUACAAAGGAACCCAGGGAGAGACGAAAUUUGAUGAGUAUGUAAGCGUGUCUUGCGAAGAUGCCAUCGCCAUUUACAAUAAUAUGAAAAAUGGCAGGAGACGAGACUCUGGACAGGUUCAACCAAAUGCUUUCCCUCCACAGCACCAACAACCGCAACAAUUCUAUGGGAAUUACGGUAUGCCCAACCCUUCAAUGUCUCCGCCAGUCCAGGGAGCACCAGCUCCACCUUUCAUGCAACCAGCGUGUGGUGCUCCACCUCCUCCUGGUCCUCAGAGCUAUGCUGGCGCACCUAUUCCACAAGGGUAUGCGGGUUAUCCUCCUCAGGCUAGUGCUGCUCCUCUUAUGUCACCUCCUAUGGCCGCCGCUCCAGUCCCCAACCCACAACUAGAUCAGCAGCAGCUCUUGUCUGCCCUUCAGAACUUGCCCUCGAACGUAGUUUCUGGCCUUCUUUCCAUGGCGCAUCAGCAGCCCAACCAUCAACAACAGCUCUUAGGCAUCAUACAAUCGAUGCAACCUCAAGCACAACAACAUCCCAUCCCUCACGGGUCGCCUCCAGCGCCAUCAUCUUAUCAAAACUAUCCCCAGGUUCCAUUGCAAUCGCCAAAUCAAUUUAAUGUCGCUCCAGCGCAUGUGCCAAAACAACAGCCUGAACAACGUCAGCCACCGCAGCAGCCACCACAACAGCAGCAUCCUGCCUCUCGUGAACCUACGUCCGGAAACAAUAACGUUCAAAGUUUACUAGACAGCCUGGCACAGCUGCAACAAAAAUGA